AACCAUGUAAAUAAUAAACAGUAUAAAAACGACGACAUGCAAACUAAAUUCAAGCAAGAAAGAACUUACAUGUUGCAACAAUGGCGAACCGAGUCGAGAUCAUCUCCAAAGAAACAAUCCUGCCGUCGUCUCCCGCGGAGCCGCACAUCCGGGAAUUGAAACUUUCAUUUCUCGAUCAAAUUGCUGUCCCAAUCUACACUCCCAUAAUAUACUUCUACACAGAUGAUCAAUCCGACCAAUUUUGCCCCACUGACAUACUCCUCCGGCUCAAGAAAUCCUUGUCCGAUGCUCUGACGAUAUUCUAUCCGAUCGCGGGGAGAAUUCGAGACGGCAAUCGAUUCAUCGAUUGCAAUGACAAUGGCGCCGAAUUCAUUGAAGCUAUGGUUCACAGAAAGCUAGCAGAUAUUAUAGAGAAUUGUGAUAUGGAUGAGCUUAGAGAGUACCUGCCUGUGCAGCCACAGGAUCAUCCUCAUCAGGGGGAAGCAACUGUCCUGCUUGUGCAGGCUAACCUCUUCGAUUGCGGAGGAAUCGCCAUGGCGGUUUGCCUGUCGCACAAAGUAGCCGACGGAAAUUCGUUGUCGAAAUUUGUGCAAGCUUGGGCGGCGAUUAGCCGCGGCGAAGCUGCCGGAGUAGUUGCUCCGAACUUCCAUGUCCUGGCGGAGCAAUUCCGCCCUAUAGAUCUGCCUGAACCUGAUCUGUCGCCGUCCAAGUUCAUCUACCGUGAGAAAAUUGUGACGAGAAGAUUCAUUUACGAUGAUCAGAAAUUGGCGUCGUUGAGGGCUGAAAUCGCGACGGCGGAAGGAUCGAAGGUGAAGGAUCCGAGCAGAGUGGAGGCUGUUUCGGCUUCGAUUUGGAGGCAUUUCAUCGAACACCAUCGGCGCAAUGGAUGCAGGACGUUCGCAGCAGUUCAUCCGGUGAAUCUGAGGCCUCGAAUGGCGGAUCCUCCGCUCCAAGCCUUCGGCAAUUGCUACGUAUUAUCGCCGGCGUACGUCGCCGACGGUGACGGAGAGCACGAAUUGCACCGUCUAGCAGAGCUUCUGAGGAACGCAUUCAGAAAAAUCGACGGCGAAUAUAUAGGGGAAAUCCAGAGGAGCGGCGGAGGAGAAUACCAAACCCUAAGGCAGAGCAUAGCGAUUACGAAGAAGGAAGGAGCAUCGGUGUGCAGUUUCAGCAGUUGGUGUGGAUUUCCGGUGUACGGGACGGACUUCGGGUGGGGGAAACCGGCGUGGGUGUGCACGACGAUAUUUCCAUUCAAGAACAUCGUGAUACUGAUGAGCAGAGCCGACGGGAAAGGGAUCGAGGCGUGGGUUAACAUGCUUGAAGACGACGACGAUGGCGACUUCAAAACACUGGGAGACUAA